UACCUAAUCUUUACAGAUAUUUUAGGUUAGGUAGCUUCUCCAACGUCGUACUUAUAACUCCGUCACUACCUAACCUAAUCUACGACGUCGCCUUCUUUCGACAGUUUAUAACUAUCAAAGCUAAAACUAAAACUUGAGGUUAUCCCAAUGGACUUCGUCAACCACCGCGUGGCCCAAGAGGCCGCCAAAGACCCGUCUCAAAUCUACACCGGUCUCGUCACGCCCCUCAACGCCAUUCUCCUCCUCAUCACCUUAUACACGACCUACCUGCUCUACAAGCCGUCCCCGCCCGUGUCCUUUCCGCGCGAGCCGCCCGCCGUCGUCUUCCGGACCUUCACCCCGCGCACCCUGCUGCACUUCAACGGCGAGGACGGCAAGCCCGUGUACCUCGCCGUGCGCGGCCGCGUCUUCGACGUCACCAGCGGCCGGAACUUCUACGGCCCCGGCGGCCCGUACGAGAACUUCGCCGGCAGGGAUGCUACGCGCGGCCUCGCGUACCACAGCUUCGACGAGGAGAUGCUGACCAAGGACCUCGACGGCCCGCUGGACAAGCUUGAGGGGUUCGGCCCCGAGGAGUGGGAGAGCUUGCAGGGGUGGGAGGAGAGGUUCAACAGCAAGUACAUGGUCGUUGGGAAGCUGGUCGCUGCGGCUGAUGCGUAGAAUGGGGUUUGACAACGGACCAGAGCGAUUUACAACGGAUAAAUAAAUGGGUUAUGAUAAUGGAUGUUUUUUUUUGAGCACUCGACUUUUUAUAUGCGGUUGAUGUCGGCUGCUUUCAUUAUUUGCAAGUGGAAAAGAUACAGUAUGGUUAUCUCUACCUUAUAUGAAGAUGCUCAAUCAACUUGAUGCUUCAUAGAUAAAAAGGGGCAUAUCU